CAGUUUUCUAAUUAUCACUUCUUUUAUCAUAGAUUUUGUUACUUUAUAAAUAUAUAAGUAUUUAUAAUUAGCUUUAAAUUACAUUAUUUUAAUAUUAAUUAAUUAUUCUCUCUUUUUCAUGCUUUCUUUUUUCUAACUACUUCUCUUCAUCUCAAAGAAAACUGAAUUGCUUGGAUCAAGAAAAGCACAAACUUUUUUUCAUAUUUUCAAGUUAUUAAUUUUUUUUAAAAAAAAAUAGCACUUAAAAAUAAUUAUGAAGAAGAACACCCAAAAUCAAAACUUAAUAACUUCAUACGUAAAACAAUGCAAAACCAAAUUCCAAUUCAUAAAUACUCUUCAAUUUUUCUUCUUGUUCUGUUGUGGACUAACAACAGGACUAAUCCUAAGUUCAUAUCUCAAAAACAUAUCAUUCAAUCUUCUAAUCACACAUGUUUCAUUUUUAGAUAAUAAUUCCGUAGCGAAAUAUAAUAAUAACGACGCGAUUAAAAUUGCGUUGCCACGCGUCGGUUUGAGAGAGUACCUGAAGGUAGAUGAUGAUGCUAAGCAUGAUAUGGAAGAUGAAGAAUUGUUGUGGAGAGCUUCAAUGGCUCCAAUAAUUGAUGAAUUUCCAUUUGAAAGAGUUCCUAAAGUUGCUUUCUUGUUCUUGACAAAAGGUCCGGUUUUGAUGGGUCCAUUGUGGGAGAAAUUUUUUAAAGGGCAUCAAGGAUUUUAUUCAGUAUAUGUUCAUUCUGAUCCUUCUUAUAAUCAAUCUCAACCUGAGAGUCCAAUUUUUCAUGGCAGGCGAAUUCCUAGUAAGGAAGUCAAAUGGGGAAAUGUAAACAUGAUAGAAGCAGAGAGACGCCUAUUAGCCAAUGCACUUCUAGACAUCUCAAACCAACGUUUUGUUCUUCUCUCCGAGUCUUGCAUUCCUCUCUUCAACUUCUCUACAAUCUACUCUUACCUAAUCAACUCAACUGAAAAUUAUGUACAAGCCUACGACUUAGACAAUCCCGUUGGUCGCGGGCGAUAUAAUUAUCAUAUGAGCCCGGAAAUCACCAUCAAUCAAUGGCGGAAAGGCUCGCAAUGGUUUGAAAUGGACCGAAAACUUGCCAUUGAAGUGGUGUCGGACCGAAAGUAUUUUCCAAUUUUUCAAAAGUAUUGUCAUGGUAAUUGCUAUGCGGAUGAACAUUAUUUGCCUACAUUUGUGAGUAUUAAGCAUUGGGAGAAGAAUUCGAAUCGGAGUUUGACUUGGGUUGAUUGGUCGAGAGGCGGACCCCAUCCGACGAGGUUUAUACGAAACGAGGUGACGUUUGAGUUCUUGAAGAAGAUGAGAAGUACCAGCGGAUGCUUGUAUAAUGGAAGUAGAAGUAGUAGUUGUUACUUGUUUGCUAGGAAAUUCUUGCCUACUGCUUUGGGUAGGCUAUUGAGAUUUGCACCAAAAGUUAUGCAUUUUAGCAGGUAAAACGGCGUCGUAUGCUCGAUUCUUUAUUCUUUGAUUUGUAAUUUUGUAUAGAUCGAUAUCAAUCAAAUAAAAAGGACAGGCAAUUGGCCUUAUAGACCUGUAAUUUUUAUGAUAUAUUAAUUUAAAGAAAAUAUUAGAUUCAAUA